GGAUUCAGGGCUUUAGCCCAGGUUAAAUCCCGGUGAAGGAAUGGGGAUGGUCUGCUACUUGAGCAUUCUUUUCAAGUUUUCACUAUUUUUAACCAUGGGUAACCUUUUUUUUGCCUGGAUAUUAUCCUGGAUAAUACAGCUGUAUAAAGAACUGUAUAUUUUGAAAACUGUUUACAACGGUUUAAACAAGUUCAUAUGUGGGCUAUAGGCUAUAGUUGAAAGAAACAAUGGUGAAUCAAUUCACAUUCUUUGUCUCUUAACUCGAAAAAACUAACUAGCCAACUUAACAAGAACCAGAACCACACUCAGACAUAUGGUCACCAUCAGGACUGUGAGAGAUCGGUCAAUAGCAAUAUAUUUGUCAUACAUAAUUUGUAAUUUCGCAUUAGAUUUCUGUCACCAAUGACUGAUCAAACCAGAACACUAAUCUAUGCAUUGCCACAAGUUUUUAACUUGUAUUGAACAGAGCAGAACUUGUGAGAUGUGGGAGCAGGAAGAAAACCCUGCGGCGUGUUUUCCACACACACGCAUGAUGUCAUCAUUCAUGCGUUAUCCUGGAGAUUCUCCCGUCCGCGAGAGGAAAGUUUAUUAAAACAACUGCGAGGGGAGGGGAGAGAGGAACUGGAGAAGAAGAAAACUUUAUCCACAUUGGAGAGGACUCUUGGAAGCUCUUUAACCAAACUGGAUUACAUUAAGAACAGUUUUCUGUGGAUUAAUGUUGCCAUAAUUCAUUGGACUAACGAUUGCUGAAGAAGCUGAAGGAGGGCGUCAUGAGGGUCAUUUGGUCCUCUCUGGUACUUCUGACCAUCUGGUUGGGUCACAGAGGUCGACUGGCAUCAGCUGAAGGUGUCAGCUGCCCGUCCUUACAAGUGGAAGAAUGGAAGUUUUCUCAGUCUGCCAGACAUAACAUCACAGGUUUCAAUUUGGUGCGACGUUUCUCUCUGCUGAAGAACAGUGAGGUCAAGAAGAUCCGAAAUCCAAGAGGGCCUCUCAUCCUGCGUCUCGGGAAAGUCCAACUCGUCCAACCUACAGAUCAAGUGUUUCCUCAUGGACUCCCGGUGGAGUUCACCCUGGUGUUCACCCUGCUGCUGAAGAAGAAAAGUCUGAAUGAUAACAUUUACCUUUUGCAGAUAUCAGACGAGCAAGGUUAUCCUCAGUUCUCACUAGACUGGAAUGGGCCAGAUGGCAACCUGGCUCUGCGGGCGAGAGGGGCUGACCCCGAAGGGACCAUGGUGGGUUGUGUAUUCGAAGGGGAUGGUGUGGAAUCCCUGAUGGACAUGCGCUGGCAUAAAGUGGCUCUGAGUCUGCAGAGAGAUGCUGCCUCACUGCAUGUGGACUGCAGUUCCAUUGAGACCAAGCCCCUGGAGCUCCGUGGCCCGGUGACCAACAAUGGACACACGUUGUUGGGUAUGAGGGCUACUGACGCCGCCCCUGUGGAGAUUGACGUUCAGCAGGUGACGGUGUACUGUGACCCCUCUCUGGCCAUUCAGGAGGCCUGCUGUGAGAUACCAGGUGCUCGGUGUCCGCCGGAUGCUCCCAAGAGUCGGCGAGCUGCUGAGAACCAGGUGGAGUUUCCUUUUGCAGAGGCGAUCCUUGGAUCCAAGGAACUGGCAGAAAAAUGUGCAGGCUGUGUAUUGCUCAGUGGGGAACCGAGUGCGAUCCAGGAGGGUAAUGCAGGUCAGAAAGGCCACAAAGGAGAUAAAGGAGAUCGGGGUUUGGACUGCACUGAGGCUGGUGUUCCGGGACGAUGCUCAGAGGGCUCUAAGGGGCAGAAAGGAGAGAAAGGCGAAUCGGGUCUGCCCGCCAAUUGGGGGGAAGCUAUAGGUGUGAAGGGGGACAAAGGCCAGAGAGGAGAAGUCGGAGCUCCGGGUGCCGCUGGAAGUCCAGGCAAAGAUGGUCGGGCUAAUCCUAUUUGUGUGGUCGGCCCUAAAGGACAAAAGGGUGUUCCGGGUCCAGUUGGACCAGAGGGGCUUGCAGGGGAACCGGGUCCACCAGGGCCUCCUGGACUACCUGGAGUUGGCAAACCAGGGUUACCCGGUCCUGAAGGACCUUCAGGAUCUAAAGGGGACAAAGGGGAUUCUGGAACACCUGGUAUAGAUGGAAAUCCAGGAGAACCAGGUCCAAGAGGUCCCAGGGCACCCAAAGGCGAGAAGGGAGAACCAUGUGAAGUGUGUCCAGUGGUCUCUGUAGAUUCUGGCAACACUGUGGCCCUUCAGGGCAAACCAGGGCCUAAAGGAGAACCAGGGACCCCGGGCAAUAGUGAUCAGGGUCCACCUGGUCCUGCAGGACUGGAUGGCAAAGCAGGCGAAAAGGGGGAACCAGGAGCAGACGGGGGCAAAGGUGAAAAGGGUGAACCUUGUACCGGCUGCCCUACCUUUGGAGAUAUUCCUGCGGGCAUUCUGAACGGUGCUCGGAAGGGAGAAAAAGGAGAUCCAGGCGUUGGACAGAAAGGAGAGCAGGGAGAGCCGGGUCCAAAUGGCCUUGCUGGACUUAAAGGCGAAAAGGGCAUUGCGGGCAGUAAAGGAAACGAGGGCAAAACUGGAAAACCUGGUCCAAGAGGUCCAAGUGGUAAAGAUGGGAAUAAAGGAGCCAAGGGGGAAUCGUGUGGCAUUUGUGAUACCACUGCCUCUGAGAUGGGAAGUGGCCCAUCCACGAUAAAGCUGACAGGGGAACGUGGCCCACCAGGACCCCCAGGGCCACCUGGAGAUGGAGUCGAGGGCAAACAGGGACCUUCAGGUCUACAGGGGUUCAAAGGAGAUAAGGGCAACCAGGGUUUACAAGGGGACCCAGGUGUUGCUGGGACACCUGGAGCCCUAGGACCUCAAGGAGAACCAGGGAGAAACGGCCUUGACGGAGUGAAAGGAGAAAAGGGAGAUGCGUGUGACAGCUGUCCAUCAUUCCCUGAAGGACACGGCAAUGUGGUUGGCCUACCAGGACCCAAGGGAGAGAGAGGAGAACCAGGUUUGCCAGGACAGGGUAGAGAUGGGAAACAGGGUAAACCUGGCCCACCGGGUAUCCAGGGACCUCCGGGACUGAAAGGUAGUCAGGGUGAAGCCGGGCCUGCAGGUAUUGGCCUUCCAGGACAGCAGGGCGAGCAGGGACCUAGAGGUUUUCCCGGAGCUCCUGGUCCUGAAGGGCAAGAGGGACCAGCAGGGCCAGUGGGACCCGCAGGGCAGAGGGGUCCAAAGGGGGAAAUAGGACCACCAGGGCCACAGGGGCCACCGGGCAUAGGAGCAGUGGGACCCCCGGCCAGAGAUGGUAUGGCAGGAGCUCCUGGAAUGCCAGGACAGGAUGGUUUACCUGGAUCCAGUGGGCCUAAGGGUGACAAGGGUGAACCAGGAGAGUGUAACUGUCUGCAUUACAUGUUUCCUGGAACUGGCGGGCCUGGUGUCCCAGGUGGUGAAAGCCGGUGGCAAACUGGUCCUCAGGGUCCCCCUGGUCCACCGGGACCUCCAGGUCUUCCGGGGCCUCAGGGCUCCAAUGGAAUCCCAGGCCCAAAGGGUAUCCCUGGCAACGAUGGCCUACAAGGGCAACCGGGUCCACCCGCCCAAGCACCUAUUAUUGCUCUGCCUCAAGAUGCGGCCUCCACGGAGGGGUGUGGAGAUUGCACGAAGGGUCUACCAGGUGUGCCUGGCAUGUCUGGAGCUAAAGGCGAGAAGGGAGAUCAGGGCAAGCCUGGUGUUGAGCCUUUAGAAGGAUGCGAGCGGUGUCUAGAGCAGCUGCAGAGAGAGGAAGCACCACGUGGGCCUACGACUAACAGUGGUCAGUGCAUUGGCGCACCAGGGAUGCCCGGUAUCUCAGGAACACCAGGGAUCAAAGGGGAGCCGGGCCCCAGAGGUGAGCGAGGUCCUCCUGGUCUUCUUGGAAACCCGGGCAAUAUUGGGUUCCCCGGGCCUCCAGGACCUUCUGGCUUGCCUGGUCAGCAAGGUCAGAGAGGGACAGAUGGGCUUUCAGGACAAAAAGGUGAACAGGGUCCACCGGGAAACCCUGGCUACCCUGGGACUAUGGGACCACCUGGACUUCCUGGACUGAAAGGAGAGCGUGGUAGUCCAGGCCAUGCAGGACAGAAGGGAGAAUCGGGCCCGCCAGGAACUCCAGGUUAUCAAGGACCAGUCGGACCGGCAGGUCCUAAAGGGGAAGCUGGAACAGCGGGACCCUUGGGACCAAAGGGAGAUCAGGGAUUCCAAGGAGCUCAAGGCUUCCCAGGACAACAGGGUCCUCCAGGGUUUCCAGGAAAAGCAGGACCUCCGGGUCCUCCGGGACCACAGGCGGAGAAGGGAAGUGCUGGACUUCAAGGCCCACAGGGACCUCCAGGUCCCCCAGGAUCUCUUGGGUCCCCAGGCAUGCCUGGACCACAUGGAAUGGAUGGACUUGAUGGUAAAGAUGGAAAACCAGGUUUAAGGGGUGAACCAGGGCCAGCCGGCCCAGCUGGGCUCAGAGGAAUACCGGGUUUCAAGGGGAUCAAAGGACACACAGGUCUCCCAGGAAUGAAAGGAGACAGGGGACCUCAGGGACCCGCUGGAGCAAUAGGAAGGCCUGGUCAAGAGGGUGAUUCUGGCACUCCAGGUCCACAAGGACCACCUGGAUCUCCAGGACAUAUGGGUGCUGCAGGUCCUCCAGGGCCACCAGGACAAGUUGGGCCUCCCGGCGCGGGCAUUAAUGGAGACAAGGGUGAGCCAGGAGAUAGAGGACAGGCUGGACUUCCAGGUCCCCCAGGGCUGCCAGGUCAUCCAGGACUGAUGGGUGAACCAGGAAGUGAUGGGGCAGCGGGUAAAGAUGGAUCCUCAGGCAUGCCAGGAGAGUCUGGUCCACAGGGACCGAAGGGUGAUUCAGGGGCAGCAGGGCAAAGAGGACCUCCAGGAGAGCGAGGACGUCCCGGCCCACCAGGAGGAGGCUUUAGCUCCAAAUUACCAGAGGGCAUCAUCGGACCAGCCGGACCCCGCGGUGAGAGGGGAAGCCAAGGUUCACCUGGACAAGCUGGGCUAACUGGACAACCAGGAAUCCCAGGAAAUGAUGCUGUUGUAAACUAUGAUGAUUUAAGGGCCUUUAUCAGACAGCAGGUCAUGAAGAUCUUUGAUGAGCGCAUGGGCUACUACAUGUCACGAAUGCAGAUGCCUAUGGAGAUGGUUGCGUCUCCUGGACGACCAGGACCCCCAGGAAAAGAUGGAAGUCCAGGAGUGGCAGGGUCCCCAGGGAUACCAGGCCGCCCUGGACAGAUUGGGCGUGAAGGAAGACAGGGACCCUUGGGACCACCGGGUGCACCUGGUGUGAAGGGAGAGAAAGGAGACAAGGGUAUUGGAGAGAUGGGAGAUUCUGGUCCACCUGGAGCUCCAGGUGUUCCUGGUCCCCCUGGAUACAGUAAAAUGGGACCACCGGGUUCCUCUGGUCAGCAGGGCAUCCCUGGAAUUCCCGGACCUCCAGGGCCCUCUGGAAACAAGGGCAAGGAUGGCCGUUGUCACCCGUCAGACUGUAUGAGUAUGCCUGUGGAGUACAACCCUAAGGGCCCUUCUUCUAAAGGUCCAAUGUACUAGAAGAGCUUGUGAAAGGGGUUUAAGAGAAGUUAAAUAUGGAGGAUGAAACCCAACGUUUGACAUUGUCACAAUUACCUACCUGUACCUGCUUUUGGGAAGAUCUAUGGAGAACCAAAGGAUUUAUCUGCAUUUCUUUAAACAUGAGCAAGCCACUGACGCCAGGCCAAAUUGCUGGUUCAUCACUAAAUGGGACGUUUGUAAGUUAUUGUCUGCUGUUGAACCAGUGAAGAACGGCAUGCAUUCUCUUCCAACAUAAUUUUAAACAAGAGUGCCUGAACCGCUGAAACCAAUCCCAUAAUGCCACUCAUGUAUUAGAAACUUGCUUAGUUUUGAAGCAGAUUGAAGACUCUGAGAUACAGAAGAUGCUUUUAUCUUUUACUCAUACUGUAUUGGCUUUGAAAAUCAAUAUUGGUGCCCAAAUUUAUUCAAGAAUCAGUUAAAUUGUCAGUCAUAUUUUUUUUAAUGCCUAAACCCCAUUUUAGUCUUUAUUGGACACAGUCCUUAUUUAAUAUAUAAAAUAAAUGUUAAUACAAUGGGUUUAAUACUAUUUAAAUUCAUCUUAAAUUAUCAUCUUAAAAUGAUAAUUUGAUCAUUUUAAAUUGAACCUCACUUUUUGGAAACAAUGUGCAUUGAUAGAUGCACUCUUACAAUGAAAGUCUAUGCAACGCAGGCGUUGGGGGCAAGUCAGUUUGCUUCUAUAAACUGAAAUUUUUUUUUUUUGUGGCAAUUGACAGCAUGCCACAGAUGCUGAUAAGAGAGAUUAGUUUGUAUUGAAGCUGGAACAGGUUUGUACGAAUAUUUUCUGGAGGUUUCGGCAGCUGCAUCUUCUGCUUUUUAACUGAUUUGGCAAAGACAAUGUGACAAAUAAUCACAACCCGUUCUAUUGAAUAAUCCUUUCAUCCCCAUAUUUGUUGACCUAAAUUAUAAUGGUAAAUAUUAGUUCCCAAGGGUUUGUGUUGUACAUAUUCCUAUUUAUACUUAAUGGCUUUUUGUAUUUUUUUAUUCACGUCAGCAUGGCAGCCCUUGUUAUUAUCACUUAAAAUAUUUUGGAAUAUUGUGAAUUUUUAUAAGCUUCAUACCAGUGGUUGUUUUGUAAAGGUAGGUUUUAUAUACGAUUUUGGGUUGAAAAGCUAUUUGUGUGAACUAUCACGAGAUAUUUUAUAUUUUUAUAAGAAUAUUUCAGUGAUUCCAGUCUUUCCAUGAACUCUGUGAUAACAUCUCCUCCAUCACUCUGGACUCUUAAACUUGAAUAUACUUGUUUGAUAUACUGUACAUGCAGGUGAACCAUCAUGUGCGUUUACAUUUAAACAAAAAAAAAUGCUUUGCUAGUCUAAAAAAACGUUAAAAAAGCCUUAAAAAUUAAUUUUUCAUCUACUCCAAAGUAAAAUGGCAUAUAUCAGAAAGCUGCUCACUGAUUGGCUGUCAUUCAGUUCUCUGCUCCAUCAGCCAAUGGGAUGCUUUCACACUCUGCACUUUAUUCUCUCGCUGUCCCUUCUUGCUCUGUGUGUAAGUGUGUAUGUCUGACUAUAGAAAGAAUCUGCAUCCAUACUGGGAGGUAACUUUCUCGAAUUUCUGCCGUUUUCAAGGUCACGAAGUGAACGUUAUGUCAUAUUGGACUUUCAACCUUUUAUUCCAAGCUUUCUUUUUCUUCCCAUCAUCAUGCAGCUCACCGUAGUGCUGUUUGUAUCAGUAAAGUCAUUUGUGUGCAAAUCCUUUUUUGAAGAAACUUAAGAGAAGCAAUAAAAGAUUAGAA